GCAAGGAGGCAAGGAGCACGGGCAUCAAGAGAAGCAAUAUCGGUUUGCGGCUGUUACGGUGCUUCGUAGGUUGAGGGCAAUGUUAACCAGUUGAGAGAAGUGUAUAGUGUUGGGGGGAAUGUGAAUGUGUUUUUCGUGUUGAAAUACAUUUUUAGUGCAUCUUUUAAGUGUGGUGUAUGUGUCACGUGAAUCUGGAGAGCCGUUGUUGAGUUGAGUUGGAUCGUUUGCUCGAGUUGGAGGGUGGACGCCAGAAGGGCCAUGGCGAGCGAACGGGAAAGACGCCCUGACGCCGUGAGGUCGCAAUCGAAUGAGUCGCUGCCUCCGAACAGCACCGUGAGACCGCCGGAUCUGCAAUAUGGACGAAGCGUGUCGCAGUAUGACCCCGACGCAACAGCUAUGACGCAGAGGGAGGAUGUCAUCAAGUUCGAACAGGGCCGCAUCCGGGCGCUGCAAGAAGAGCGGCUGGCCAUACAGAAGAAGACCUUCACCAAAUGGAUGAACUCUUUCCUGCUCAAGGCGCGGAUGGAGGUGGAGGACCUGUUUACAGACCUAGCGGACGGCAAGAAGUUGCUGAAGCUGCUGGAAAUAAUCUCCGGUGAGAAGCUUGGAAAACCGAACAACGGCAAGAUGAGGGUGCACAAAGUGGAGAACGUGAACAAGAGCCUGGCCUUCCUGCACACUAAGGUUCGACUGGAAAGUAUUGGUGCAGAAGACAUCGUUGAUGGAAACCCUCGUCUCAUUCUUGGCCUUAUAUGGACCAUUAUCUUGCGCUUCCAGAUACAGGAGAUUGAGAUCGAUGUGGAUGAGGAGAAUGAGAGCAGUGAGAAGAAAUCUGCAAAGGAUGCACUUCUGCUGUGGUGUCAGCGUAAAACCAACGGGUACCCGGGUGUCAACAUCCAGGACUUCACAGGUUCAUGGCGUAGUGGUCUUGGGUUCAAUGCCCUCAUCCAUGCCCACCGCCCUGACCUUAUCAACUUCAGUGCCCUGCAGCCGUCUCGUCAUAUUGAGAACCUCAACAAUGCUUUUGAUAUAGCCAACAAUGAGCUUGGUAUCCCGCGUCUCCUGGAUGCAGAAGAUGUGGACCAGAGUCGUCCAGACGAGAAAUCUGUCAUCACAUAUGUGGCUUCCUACUACCACACGUUUGCCAGGAUGAAGAAUGAGCAGAAGAGUGGCCGUCGCAUUGCCAAUAUUGUGGGGCAGAUGAUGGAUGCGGACAAGAUGAAGGUGCACUAUGAGCACCUGACGAGCGAUCUGUUGGAGUGGAUUCGUAUGAAGGUAUUGGAGCUUGAAGACCGCAGCUUUCCAAACUCUCUGGAAGGAAUCCAGAAGGAACUGCUGCGCUUCAAGCAGUAUCGCACAGUGGAGAAGCCACCAAAGUACAAGGAGCGCAGUGAGAUUGAGGCACUCUACUUCCACAUUAACACCCAACUCAAGUCCCUCAACCAGCCGGCAUUUGCACCUCCAGAUGGACAGCUGAUACACGACCUGGAGCGCAGCUGGGAGGGGCUGGAGCAUGCAGAGCAUCGACGAGAAGUUGCACUGCGCCAGGAACUGCUGCGCCAAGAGUGGCUUGAGCAGCUCAAUUACAAAUUUGAGAGAAAGAGUGUGCUUCGGGAGGGAUACCUGAAAGAGAUGAUCCAAGUGCUAUCUGACCCUCGUUAUGGGAGCAACCUCACCCAGGUGGAUGCCACUGUUAAGAAACACGAGGCCAUAAGUGCUGACAUACUGGCAAGGGAGGAGCGGUUCCAUGACUUGACAAACAUGUCAGAUGAGUUGGUGCGUGAGAACUAUCACAGUAAGGAACGUGUGACACAGCGAGAGGAAGAGGUCCUGCAACGCUGGCGAGAGCUGUUACAGCUGCUUGAAAAACACAAAACUAACCUGACGAUGCUGUGUGGAUUGAUGGCCAUGUUGCGAGAGAUAGAGACCGUAAUGGCCACUAUUGCAGACCUGCACGGAAACUUCCAGUCAGAAGAUGUGGGCCCACACCUUCUUGCAGUGGAGGACCUGCUGCAGAAGCAUAGUUUGGCAGAGCUGCAAGUGACUUCACUGGGGGAGACACAGCGUCGGCUUGGUCGCCAGGCACAGCAAUAUGUGAAUACUGGCCAUCGAGAGGUGCCACUGCUGCAGAAGCAGCUCAGCCAGCUCACCUCUGCAUAUGACAGCCUUGUAGAGAGCAGUAAGGCUCGGCGAAUCCGGCUGGAGGAUGCGCGCAACUUCUUCCAGUUCCUGCAAGACCAUGAAGAGGAGGAGUCUUGGCUUGUGGAGAAGCAACGCAUCUGUAAGGCGGGCAUCUCAGCAAAGGACUUGCGAGCCGUUCUAAGAUUACAGCAGAAACACAAGGCCCUACAAGAUGAAAUGAAGGCAAGGCGGAACAAGUUGGAACAACUGUGUGAAGCUGGACGCCAGAUGAUAAGCGACAAACAUCCUCGCUCACCAGAGAUUCAGUGCCGCAUGAGCAGUUUGCAGGAACAGUGGAAUACCCUGCAGGAGUUGGCAGCACUGCGCAGGAAGCAGCUGGAGGAUGCUGCAGAGGCUUAUCAGUUCUACACUGAUGCCAAUGAAGCAGAAUCAUGGCUGAAUGAGAAGAUGGCACUAGUUGCAUCAGCAGACUAUGGUGAAGAUGAGCCAAGUGCUCAGGCACUGCUCCAGCGACACCGUGAUCUCCAGGGGGAGCUGAAUGCUUACCGUGGAGACGUUGCUAGCCUGAAUAGCCAGGCUGAGAAGCUGGUGCAGGCUGGUAUAUCAACACUGGAGCUGUGGUCAGAACCGGAGCCAGUGCAGGAAUUGGAUCAGGAGGAAUGGGUGAAGGAGAUGCGACUGGUACCCCAGGACUACUGGGAGGAGGAGCCAGUGGAGCGUGUUGAACAUCGAACUGUCCUGGAGGAGCGCCAGGUUCCACAGGUACGCAGUCUGUAUGCGUUCACUGGGCAGGGCAUGACUAUGCCAAAAGGUGAAGUGAUGUUUCUGCUUAACAAGACAAACCCAGACUGGUGGAAUGUGCGCAAGGCAGAUGGCACUGAUGGCUUUGUGCCUGCCAACUAUGUGCGUGAGAUUGAACCUAAAGUGGUGAAAGUCCAAGUGCGCCAUCCAGAGAAGAUCUGUGAAAUGCGACGUGUCAAGAAAACGAGAAUGGUGAAGCAGAUUACUCCCAUUCGCAGGGUUCGGCCUGCCAAGCCCGCUGGGUGUCCAGUGAAGAGAAAGUCAGAGGAUGAGAAUGAGAAUGUUGAGAAGCGACAGAAGAAGAUAAAUGCGACAUAUAAUCAGCUUCUUGACCUUGCACAGCAACGCCAUGCUCUACUAGAGGACGCGAUCCAUCUAUAUGGGUUCUACAGGGAAUGUGAUGACUUUGAGAAGUGGAUUAAAGACAAGGAGCGCAUGUUGCGAGCUGAUGACUCAACAGAUAAUGUGGAGACUGCAAAGCGCAAGUACGAGAAAUUUCUCACGGACCUCUCAGCAAGCAGCAAGCGCAUCGAGGCACUGGAUGCGGCUGUGGAGGAGUUUGUGCACCAGGGGCAUAGCCAGCUGGACAAGGUGCGGUCACGACAGAAACACAUCCAUCAGCUGUGGGACCACCUGAAUUGGCUCAAGGGACAGAAGGAGCGCAGCCUGGAGGGGGCAUCCAGCGUGGAGCUGUUCAACCGAACAUGUGAUGAGGCCCGGGAUUGGAUGCUGGAGAAGAUGAUGCAGCUGGACACAGCUGAGCUGGGGCCUGACCUCAAGACAGUGCAGGCACUACAGAGGCGCCACCAUCAUCUGGAACGGGAGCUUGCCCCUGUGGAAGAAAAAGUGAACAGGGUCAACCUUUUGGCCAACUCUGUCAAGUCAUCAUAUCCAAACGAGAGAUCAAAUGUAAAUGCACGCCAGAAGGAAAUACAGGAUCUCUGGGAGAAGGUAAAGGCGAAGGCUAUGGAACGACGGUCUCGCCUGGAAGAUGCAGUGGGGCACCAGAUUUUCAUGAACAGCUCCAAGAACCUGCUCGGGUGGAUGGCAUCAGUGAAGGAGGCUCUGAAUGCAGAUGAAAGUGCCCGAGAUGUGGCAACUGCAGAACACCUGCUGAAGAAGCACCAGGAGCUAGGUGACGAUGUCCGGGCACAUGAAGACGAGUUCCGAGAGCUGACUGGUCUGGGCAGACAGCUGCUUCAGAGGAAUCCAGCCCUCACAGAUGUGGCAGAGCGACUUGUGCGGCUGAAUGCGGAACAUCAGGCCGUCAUUCGUGGCUGGGGUGAGAAAGGUGACUGGCUGCGGCAGUGCCUGGACCUUCAGCUGCUGAACAGGGAAGCAGACCAGAUCGAGGCUUCGACAUCAAGCCAUGAGGUCUUCCUGGCCAACACAGACUUGGGGGGAUCCUUGGACGAUGUGGAGGCACUGAUAAAGCGGCACGAAGACUUUGAGAACACCCUUUUCGCACAAGAUGAACGACUGAAGGCAUUCAGUGAGCUGGCAGAUAAGCUAAUAGGAGCCGGACAUUAUGACAGCAAACAUAUUGAUGAGCGGCGUAACCAGGUGGUGGCGCGGCGAUCUGCAGUGAAGGAAGCUGCGGCAGCUCGACAGGUCACACUUGAUGCUUCCCGCAAGUUCCACGAUUUCUCAGCAGAUGUAGAUGACCUUCGCGGAUGGAUGGCUGAGAAACUGAAGACAGCAAGUGAUGAGUCAUACAGGGACCUUACUAACUUGGAGCGUAAGCUGCAGAAACAUGAGGCCUUUGAGCGAGAACUGCAUGCGAAUGAGGGACAGUUGCGUGCAGUCAACAAGACUGGGCAGGGGCUGCUGUCAGAGGGCAGCUACCGGCAAUUAGAUGUGAGGCAGAUGCUCCAGGACCUGAAUAUGACAUGGGAUGAGCUAGUGGCAUUGUCGCGUGACAAGGGCCGACGACUGCGGCAAGCAGCUGCGCAGCAUAUGUACAACCGUACGAUGGAGGAUGCCCGCCUGAAGCUUGAGGAGAUUGAAGUGAGUCUGCAGUCGCGUGAAGUGGGCACUGACCUGAGGCACUGCAAGGAGCUCCUCAAGAAGCAUCAGGUGCUAGAGACUGACAUGAGCCAGUGGGAUCAGAAGAUCAGCGACCUCGUGGAGCUGGGCAAGGAGAUGGCUCAUGAGGGCCAUUUUGAUGCUGACAACAUCCUGAGUGCCAGUUGCAACUGCCAAGACAAAUUCAGUGCACUGAGAGGACCAGCCCGCAAGCGGCGUGAGGCACUUGAGGAGUCACUGCGGUUUCACAAAUUUGUGUUUGAACUGGACACAGAGCAGCAGUGGAUCAAGGAGCAUCUGCCCCUUGCGGCUUCUGACAAGUUGGGGCAAAACUUGCACCAGGCACAGUCCUUGCACAAGAAACAUCGUAAGCUUGAGGCAGAAAUCACCGGCCACCAGCCUAUGAUAGACCGCACACUUGCAUCUGGCCAAGCCCUUGUUGAGCAGGCCCACCCAGAGACCAAGCAGAUCGAGAGCCUGUGUGUGGGGCUUCAGGAUGCCUGGAAGGAUCUGCAGGACCGGGCACAGAAUCGCAGUCACAAGCUGGACUUGUCUCUCAAGGCACAGCAAUUCUUCUUCGAGGCUGGAGAAGUGGAAAGCUGGCUAAGUGAGAAGAAUGAUGUACUGAGCUCAACAGACUACGGGCGUGACCGCGAUGCCGCCACCAAGCUCCUCACCAAGCACAAGGCCCUGGAACUGGAGCUGGAUACCUACAGUGGUAUUGUCAGUGAGAUGGGCCACACUGCUGGGGCCAUGGUGUCUUCAAAGCAUCCCGAUGCUCGUGCUGUCGCCGCCAAGCAGCAGCUCAUACAGCAGCAGAUGCGCACGUUGCAGCGCCUCGCAACUGCACGCCAGCAGCGACUCAUGGAAUCCAUGUACCGUCAUGAGUACUUUCUGGAGUCCACAGAGCUGGAGCAAUGGAUACGAGAGCAGGUGCAGUCUGCAGCCUCAGAGGACUACGGGCAGGACUAUGAGCACCUCUUGGUACUCCAGAACAAGUUUGAUGACUUCAAACACCGGAUUGAAGCUGGCUCUGAGAGGUUUGGGCAGUGUGAAGAGCUCGCCAAGAAGUUGAUAGCCAAUGAGAGCCCCUAUUCUGCAGAUAUCGAGCGCCGCCAGGAGCAGCUGAGUAACUCGGAAACAGACGGUCUGGAAGACAACCCAGUGCAGCAGGUGGCCCAGCGACACCAACAGAUAUGGGAGUGCUGGCAGCAGCUGCUUGGGCUCAUGGAAAAUCGCGAACAAAGACUGCAAGCUGCAGGGGAGAUCCAUCGCUUCCACCGUGACGUGGCAGAGGCGCUGUCUCGCAUCCAGGAAAAGGAUGCAGCCCUGCCUGAUGAUCUUGGGCGUGACCUCAAUUCUGUGCUGGCUUUGAUUCGCCGACAUGAGGGCUUUGAAAACGACUUGGUGGCCCUCGAAGCACAGCUGCAGGUACUAGUGGAGGAUGCAGCGCGGCUGGAGGCUCUUUACCCAGGUCAGAAUGCGACCCACAUUGCACAACAGCAGAGCAUCGUUGUAUCCAGUUGGAGUUUGCUUCAGGAGCGGUCUGCGAAUCGCAGGGAGGAGUUGCAUGCCAGCUGUGAGCUGCAGAGAUUCCUCACACAGGUGCGGGACCUCAUGAACUGGGCAGCUGGUCUCCGUGCCACCAUGAUGACAGAGGUGAAAGUGAGAGACGCAGCCAGUGCACAGACUCUGAAAGCUGAGCACGAGGCUGUGAAGGCUGAAAUCGAGGCUCGGGAAGAGAACUUCCAGGCUGUGGUGGAGCUAGGCAAGCUGAUGGUGCAGGAACACCACUACGCUUCCAUGGAGAUCCAGGAGCGCUUCAGUCAGCUGCUGGAGGAGCGCCAGCGCCUGCACACUGCGUGGCAGCACAAGAAGGUUCACUUGGAUCAGCUGAUCGAUCUGCACUUCUUUCUGCGGGAUGCCAAACAGAUAGACACCCUCAGCAGCUGCCAGGAAGUGGCACUGGCAGGCACUGACAUCAGUGUGUCCGUUGAGGAGGUGGAUGUGGCUGUCAAGAAGCACGAGGCUUUCGAGAAGCUCCUCGCCACGCAGGAGGAGAAGGUGUUGGCUCUGCAGGAGCAUGGAGAUAAGUUGCUGGCACAGAAUCACUUUGAGAGCAAUGCAAUAGCACGCCGCUUGGGAGAGGUUGUGCAGCGACGCGCGAAGGUGCGCGACCUGUGUGCCACUCGCAGGCAGAGACUUGAGGAUUCUCUGCACCACGCACAAUUUGUAAGGGAUGUUGCUGAGGCUGAAUCUUGGAUUGGUGAGAAACAAAAGAAGCUGGAGUCUGAGAUGAGCAAAGGUGAAGUGAGCAGCAUGGAGGACAAGAUGAAGAAGCUGCAGAAACACCAGGCAUUCCAGGCAGAGCUCGCUGCCCAUGAGGGGCGCAUACAGCACAUCAAAGAUAAGGGUGACAUGCUGCUUGCGAAGAAGCACAAGGCAUCAAGGGAGGUACGAGCACAGUUGGAGCAACUGCUCACUGUGUGGCGCCAGCUGCUGCAGGAGUCAGCCAAUCGUGGGCGUGGCUUGGAGGAAGCUCAGGAUAUCCUUGAGUUCAACAAUCAAGCAGAGAAGGUGGAGGCAUGGAUCAGGGACAAGGAAAUGAUGGUGCAGGCUGGAGACACAGGACGUGACUAUGAACACUGUCUCGCCUUGCAGCGGAAACUGGACGAUGUAGACUCGGAUAUGCGGGUGGAUGAUUCACGUGUGAAGUCCAUCAGGACUUUGGCUGACAAACUGAUCCGUCAAGGUCGCUCUGACACACGCUCUGUGCAGCAGCGCCGUGACAACCUAAUUGUUAAGUGGCAUGAACUUCAAGGUGCACUGGACCUGUACCGUAACCACCUCGCAGGGGCUCUGGAGGUACAUGCCUUCAACAGGGAUGUUGAUGAUACCAGUCAGCGUGUGGCAGAGAAGGCAGUGGCCAUGAACACAGACGAUGUGGGGCGUGACCUCGCAGCUGUGGAGCAACUACAGCGCAAGCAGGAGGCCCUGGAGCGAGAUAUGACAGCCAUCGAGGGCAAGCUGAAGGAACAUGAUGGGGAGGCACGGCAUCUCUCCCAGAAGUACCCAGACCUGUCGGCACCAAUCCGCAGCAAGCUGCUGGAGCUGCAGGACAGCUGGCGCUCAUUGCAGCAGCUGGUUCGGAGGCGCAGUGAUGCCCUUGCAGCAGCAUACACGCUGCACAAGUUUCAUGCAGACCUACAUGAGCUGGACGUCUGGGUGGCAGAGACUAUCAAACGUAUGGGUUCGUCAGAGCUUCCUGCUACCAGCGCAGAGGCAGAGGCCAUGCUGGAGUUGCAUCAAGAACGCAAGGCUGAGAUUGACGGCCGACAGGAGGCGUUCAAAUCUCUCAAGUACUUUGGGAUGCGUCUGCCAUCUGGAGGCACUGAGGAAGACCUGGCACCAAGUCUGGCAUGCCUAGAAGAGUUGAGACGAACACUGGGGGCAGCGUGGGAAGAGCGGCGACACAAACUGACACAGGCACACCAGCUGCAGCUGUUCAGAGAGCAGGCUGACCACGCUGAUGCGUGGCUUGCUGCGAAAGAGGCUUUCCUGAACAAUGACGACCUUGGGGACUCACUGUCGAGUGUGGAGGCCUUGUUACGUAAACACGAGGCAUUUGAGAAGACCCUGGCAGCGCAAGCAGGGCGCGUGGAAGAGCUUGAGCGAUUUGCAGUUGAGCUGCUUGCAGAUCACCAUUAUGAUACUGCAGGAAUCACACAACGUCUGCAGGCUGUCUGUGCCCGCAGGGAUAGACUGAAGGAGACUGCCAUGGCACGACGCAAGCGUCUGCAGGAAUCACGUCAAUUGCAGCAGUUCUUACGGAACAUGUAUGAGGUGGAGGCAUGGCUUCACCAGAAGCAGCAGGUCGCAAGUGACGAGAGCUACCGUGACUCCUCCAACCUGCAGAGCAAGAUUCAGAAGCAUGUUGCAUUUGAGCUGGAACUGUCUGCCAACAGAGGGCGCGUGGGUGCUGUGACAGAAGAGGGGGAGGCCCUCAUUAGUGCUGGCCAUUUUGCAGGUAUGGAGAUACAGGCACGGCUGGAUGAAUUGGAGGCUGCCUGGCGCGAACUUCAGGAUUCAAGUCAGCUGAAACGCGACCGCCUCAGCGACGCAUACCAGGCCCAGCUGUUCAGCCGCACGCUAGACGAACUGGAAGUGUGGAUGGAUGAGGUGGAGCUACAGCUGCAGUCUGAGGACCAUGGGAAGGAUCUGGCAAGUGUCAUCCACCUGCUGAAGAGACACUCACUGCUGGAGGGAGAUGUUAGUGGUCACAGUGAGGCUGUUGAACAAGUGAAGGACACAGCAGCAGCGUUCCAGAGCUCAGAUCACUUCAUGGGUGAUGAGAUACAGGAACGGGCUCUUGCAGUCAUCAGAAGGUACCACUCCCUGCAGCAGCCAAUGCAGAUUCGAAGGGAUAAUCUGGAGGACGCACUGCUGCUGCACCAGUUCCUGCGGGAUGUGGAUGAUGAGCUCCAGUGGGUGGCAGAGAAGCAGCCACAAGCAGCUUCCACAGACCUAGGCACCAGCCUCACUGCUGUGCAGAGCUUGCAGAAGAAACAUCAGGCCCUGGAGGCUGAGCUUGUUUCCCGGGAGCCAGUGGUGCAGGCUCUGGUGGGGAGGGCCCAGAGGAUGGUUCGAAGUGGGCACUUUGCUGCAGCUCGCAUUGAAGCCUGCAGCAGUGAUCUGACAGAGAAGUUGGGUCACCUACGUGACCUUGCCAGCGUGCGGCGUCUGCGUUUGCUGGAUGCAUUGGAGUCGCAAAUGUUCUAUGCCGAAGCAAAUGAGGCAGAUGCCUGGAUCCGAGAGAAGCGGCCUCUGCUGACGUUGAGUGACUUCGGAAAGGAUGAGGACUCAGUACAGUCACUGGCCAAGAAACUGGAGGGUGUGGAGCGUGACCUGAGCCAGUUCCAACACACUUUUGGCAAGCUGGCCAAACUGGCACAGGUGCUUGUGGACCGUGGACACUUUGACAGCCACAACAUCACUGCCAAGCAGGCUGAGAUAGAGACCCAAUUCUCUGAGCUGCAGUUGCUAGCCUCCCGGCGUUCUGCUCGGCUGGCUGAGUCACUCAAGCUUUACCGAUUCUUACGGGAAGCAGAUGAGGUGGCAGAAUGGAUGGGGGACCAGACGGCACUGGCUGCAUCGGAGGACUAUGGGCGGGAUGUGGAGCACGUGGAGCUGCUGAGCCAGGCAUUCGACUCCUUCCUGUCAAGCCUGGCGGCUAGUGAGGGACGCAUCACUUCAUGCCUCUCAACGGGCCGCACCCUCAUUGCAGAGGGGAACCUUGAACAUGAACGAAUCCAGGUCAAGUUGGAUGACACACAACAACUGUGGGAGGACUUGAGAGAGCUUGCACAUGCACGGCAGGAGGCACUUGCUGGAGCAAAACAGGUACAUGUCUUUGACCGGCGAGCAGAUGAGACUAUCGGAUGGAUACAGGAGAAGGAAGCUCUGCUGUCAGCACAGGGUUAUGGACAGGACCUGGAGACCAUACAGGCACUCAUCCGGCAGCACCAAGUGUUCGAGACUGAUCUUGCCGCUGUGAAGGAACAAGUGGAGUCAGUGACUGAGGAAGCUGGGCGGUUAGCAUCACUGUUCCCAGAUGCACGUGAGCACAUUGAGGUGAAGCAUGAGGAUACUCAGGAAGCCUGGGAAGACCUCCUCGAGAAGUCGGCACAGCGCCGCAACAAACUGCAGCAAGCAGAACAGCUGCAGGCAUACUUUGAUGAGUACAGGGACCUGAUGGCAUGGAUAAAUGAGAUGAUAGCAAAGGUGACGGCACCUGACCUGGCCCAGGAUGUGCCAGGAGCCGAGGCACUAUUAGUGCGGCACGAAGAGCACUGCGCUGAGAUUGACACGCGGGCAGAUGCCUUCGCCCAGUUUUCUCAUACAGGACACAAGCUCAUAGCCGAAGGCCAUUUCCUGGCAAAUGAGAUUCUGGAAAAGAUCAGCAUCUUGGAGCAGCGCAAGCAACUGCUGAGUGACACCUGGGCCCGCCGCAAGGCCAUCUAUGCACAGAACCUGGACACACAGGUGUUCAAGCGUGAGGCUGACUUGCUGGAGAACUGGAUCAUAUCCCGUGAACCGCUGCUACAUGAUGGGAAGUUUGGGGAGACAAUCGCGCAGGUGGAGGAUCUGAUACGCAAGCACGAGGACUUUGAGAAGACAAUUGAGGCUCAGGAGGAUAAGUUCAGUGCCCUGCGACGGAUUACUAUGUUAGAGGAAGCAUUCCAGAAGCAGCAAAGGGAUGAAAUGGCUGCCCGCCAGGCUGAAAAGGAACGCGUAGAACGUGAACGCAUUGAAGCUAGGAAGAGACGAGAGGUGCAGCGAAUUACAGAGGAGCGUAAGCGAGAGGAAGAGCGGAGGCGGACACAGGAGUUACGUGUUGUGCGGGAUGAAAUGAAUGGGAGUUCUGACCAGCUGAACAUCAGUACUAGUGGUAGCAGGUUGAACGCUAUGGACAUACCUGAUCCAGUGAGUGCAGGAACACUCCACAAGGCAGGCAGCGUGUCACAGCUGUUUGGUGAGCAGAUGCGGCGAGACAUCAAGCGUGCAGAGAGCAUGAAAGUAGAGCUGAAGAAGCCUAAGCGCACACCAAGCUUCACAACACGCCGUCGCACUCAGAGUUUCCGGAAACUGCAAAGACUUGAGCAGCUGGAGCAGCUGCCACCUGUUGAGAUCCAGGGCACUUUGGACCGGAAGCAUGAACUGCAGAGCGCUGGCAAGAAGGCUCCUGUCCGUUCCUGGAAAACAUUCUACACAGUACUUUGUGGCCAGCUGCUAUGCUUCUUCCGUGACCAUGAUGACUUCCUGGCCAGCAAGGCUGCCACAUCACCUAUCAUAGUGUUCAAGGCACACUGCGAGAAGGCCGAAGACUAUACCAAACGCAAACAUGUGUUCAGGCUAUGCUGUACUGAUGGCUCCGAGUUCCUGUUCCUUGCAACGACAGAGCGGGAGAUGGAGGACUGGGUGAACAAAAUAUCAUUCCAUGCCAAGCUGCCCCCAAGUUUGCAGCUGCUCAGCUAUGAUGACUCACACAAGAGCCCUGGCAGUGUGGGGCGACCAUUGGCACCUGGAGACACAAGGGACACUGCUGGGGAUGCCAGUUCAGCAUCAAGCCGUGGCUCCUCUCCGGAGCCCUCCACACAGACACAGAAGCCCUCCAUACCACCACGGGGAGCUCCUCCACCCAUACCAACACGCUCGCUGAGCACAGAGGCAGUCACCUUGAGGAACAAGCUACCUGGAGCUGGUGGAGAAAUGCACCCACUCUCAUACCAUCAGAAUGGUGUUCCCACACCGGAUGCAGGCAACUGCAGACGUAGCCACAUGGAGCUUGGACAGCAGCAGCAAGACAUACCCCCACCCUUGCCGUCUUCUGCACCCCCCCUCAGGCCCCGAACUGGCAGUGCUGACCACUGGAGCCAUCAACAGCAGCAAGCCACAUAUCAGGCGUCCGUGAAUGUUGGGGCAGCGUCGCAGCUCAGACACACAGGCCGGGAUAUUCGACCAAGCUCACUGCCACCCUAUGUGGCUCCUCCCCCUGCAGGCAUUGGUCUAGAGGGCUUACAGCGCAAUGUGCCACGUGGAGACAGCUUGUUAGAGAGUGAACAACAGACUGCGCCAGGACGCAAAGACAAGGACAAGCGCUCGAGUGUGCUUAGCAGCUUGUUCCGCAAGAAGCGUGCUACCCAUCUCUAGCAGUUCAUGUAAAGACAUUGUAAUGUAAAUAGCCAGUGGCAGCCAGAUAAGUCUGUAUCAUACCAUAUAGGUGAAUGUAUGUACAAUAAAGUAAUUAGAUUAACAGUUAA